GCGGCGGCGGCGGCGGCAGCAGCAGGAGCAGCCCCGGCUGCGGGUCGCGACGGCGGCGGGGCGCCCCCUCCCCCGUGCCGGGGCGCGGCGGAGGGAUGUGGGGCUUUGCGGGAGGAAGGCUUUUCGGCAUCUUCUCGGCCCCGGUGCUGGUGGCGGUGGUGUGCUGCGCCCAGAGCGUGAACGAUCCCGGGAACAUGUCCUUUGUGAAGGAGACGGUGGACAAGCUGUUGAAAGGCUACGACAUUCGCCUAAGACCCGACUUUGGGGGUCCCCCGGUCUGCGUGGGGAUGAACAUCGACAUCGCCAGCAUAGACAUGGUUUCCGAAGUCAACAUGGAUUACACCUUGACCAUGUAUUUUCAACAAUACUGGAGAGAUAAAAGGCUCGCCUAUUCCGGGAUCCCUCUCAACCUCACGCUCGACAAUCGGGUGGCUGACCAGCUCUGGGUGCCGGACACGUACUUCCUAAACGACAAGAAGUCGUUUGUGCACGGCGUGACGGUGAAGAACCGCAUGAUCCGCCUCCACCCCGACGGGACGGUGCUGUACGGACUCAGAAUCACCACGACCGCGGCGUGCAUGAUGGAUCUGAGGAGAUACCCCUUGGAUGAGCAGAACUGUACUCUGGAGAUUGAAAGCUAUGGCUACACCACAGAUGACAUUGAAUUUUACUGGCGUGGAGGCGAUAAGGCCGUCACUGGAGUGGAGAGGAUUGAGCUCCCACAGUUCUCCAUUGUGGAGCACCGUCUGGUCUCCAGGAAUGUUGUCUUUGCCACAGGUGCCUACCCUCGGCUCUCUCUGAGCUUCCGGCUGAAGAGAAACAUUGGCUACUUCAUUCUCCAGACCUACAUGCCCUCCAUCCUCAUUACGAUUCUCUCCUGGGUGUCCUUCUGGAUCAAUUACGAUGCAUCUGCGGCCAGAGUUGCCCUUGGAAUCACCACCGUGCUGACCAUGACGACGAUCAACACGCACCUUCGGGAGACGCUGCCCAAAAUCCCCUAUGUCAAAGCCAUUGACAUGUACCUCAUGGGCUGCUUUGUCUUUGUGUUUCUGGCCCUUCUGGAGUACGCCUUCGUCAACUACAUUUUCUUUGGAAGAGGCCCUCAAAGGCAGAAGAAGCUUGCAGAAAAGACCGCCAAGGCGAAGAAUGACCGUUCAAAGAGUGAAAGCAACCGGGUGGAUGCUCAUGGAAAUAUCCUGUUAACAUCGCUGGAGGUUCACAACGAAAUGAACGAGGUUGCAGGCGGCGUUGGCGACACCAGGAAUUCAGCAAUAUCCUUUGACAACUCAGGAAUCCAGUACAGGAAACAGAGCAUGCCCAGGGAAGGGCACGUGCGGCACAUGGGGGACCGAGGCAUCCCGCACAAGAAGACCCACCUACGGAGGAGGUCUUCACAGCUCAAAAUCAAGAUCCCCGAUCUGACGGAUGUGAACGCCAUAGACAGAUGGUCCAGGAUCGUGUUUCCAUUCACUUUUUCUCUUUUCAACUUAGUUUACUGGCUGUACUAUGUUAACUGAGUGACUGUACUUGAUUUUUCAAAGACUUCAUUUAACACUGAGUGAAAUAUUACUCUGCCUGUCAAGUUUUUAUACCUGUACACACACACAGACUCACACACGCAGACACACACAUAUAUACAUACGCAAUUGUAUAUAUAUGUGAACUUUCUCAGCAUAUAUAUAAAAUACACGUGUAUAUGAGGAUGUAUGUGUAUAUGUUUAUACACACAGGCGUAAGGACCCAUGUGUAUGUAAAACAAAUACACAUACAUAUCUACAUUUUGCAGCUAUGGACAAUUUAACACAGGAUGCAUAUUAAAGAAAGUCAUAGUUUUUUCUUUUUUAAUUGAAAGGGACAAGCAUCGUCGAAAUAGUAAUGCCUUGAGAAUGAGGGCGUGAAACACAGUAUCAUCCCCAAGUGUGUCUUUGACUAUCAUAAGUUAGAUGUUUUAGUUUAAAAACCAGAAAGAAACUCUUAGUUGUUCUUCAAAAACUCAUGCAGUGGUAUUGCUAGUUUAGAAUGAGUCGCAUACUUCACAUCCUCUCUUUCGGUUUAUUAAGCGAAGGCUUUUGGCUUGAAAGGUGAUGGGGUUUGCUUUCUCCAGGCAAACUUCUUCUGUACUGGGUCAGUGGAUGAUGUGAGCCCUGGCGUGGGCUCACCUGUUUUCUUACAUGUAGAUACAGCCCAGGUUGGUGUCUGAAUGUCCAUCUUUUGCACUGGGAACAGAUGGCAUCUCAUUGUAAGUACUCCAAUGUACAGUGUAUCUUUUCUGUUCACCUGGAGUGGAUCCAGCUUACGUCACAUGCGAACACAGUGGCACAUUUUGGCGAUCUUUAGUUGACAUUUCAAUCACUGGAAAUGUGCUCCACAUCUCUCACAGAUUUCCAAGCCCGAUACCUAACAGAAAGCUUAGACGUCUCAGGUUAUUUGAAUAACUCUAAGGUCAGGCCGUCUAGGAUGAUUUUCCCCCUUGUCUUUGAGUUAUCGACCACUUAUAACAUUGUAUGUUCAUAUAAAAUAUAUUUGCAUAAUAUGCAUAUCCAUGUAUAUUUACCGAGAUUUGGCUUCUUCUGCUUGCUCUCACGGCAGCAUGUGAGAUCAGAUUUUUCUUUAUGUGCUGUACCUGCUUUCUGUUCUCUAGAAUUAAGAUUGAAGCUCAAACACUUCUGUUCAGUUUCAGCAACCGAGAAGCAUCCUCACGCCUUUAUUUCUGUAUCUGACAUCUCUCACAAGCACAUCCAACUCCUCCUAGUGGAGCUGGGACCCUGCAGGAACACGACCAGUACACACCAUGUAUCACCCGGUGACCCAUGACCGUUCUCUUGAGGCCAAGGAGAGCAACCUGACCACAAACACAGUCACUCUGGGUUCUUUCUGAUCCACAGCCUCAUCAGUAUUUGGACUUUUUAAAGCUCGUAGAAACAAGACAAGGUGCACCGGUUUCAUAGAUGCAACCUUAACUUACUAUUUAGAUGAGAUCUUUCUAAA